UGAUGCAAUCGGAACGACAAACGAUCAGUCUGGGCUAUUUGAGUUGAAAGCGAGAGACCGAGAGAGCGAGAGAAAGAAAGCUGCGGCGGAGUUACUCUAAACACAAGUAUAACAGCGGGCUGGUUGUGGUGUUACGAAAACUGGAACUGGCUGUAAUUUCUGGCGAAAGGGAACAUAUCGGCGCAUGACAACAAACCAGCCGACGAGUAGAUCAUUGACUAGACGGGCUCGGCGGCGGUCCCUCUCUUAUGACGACGGUAGCGGGCUGAGGUAUGAUCAUGAGCAGCUGUAACCCUCCACCCCAGAUAUCUCCGUACCAGAAGAUAUUUGAAGAGGCUGUCCGCAACGAGGACAUGCUGGAACUGCAGCAGAUUCUUGAGGACAGGGAGGGCAAGAUCAACAUCAACUUCUUCGACAAAGAGGGCAUGACGGCCCUCCACCAGAGUUGUCAGAACGGCAACCUGGAACUUGUAAAACUCUUAGUGAGGUUCGGUGCGGACGUCAAGUUGGCCAGUAGAGACGGGUGGAGUGCAAUACACAUAGCCGCGUUCGGCGGACACAGGGACAUUAUUGUGUACCUUCUACACGCCACAGGGGUGACGUCCAGUCAAUAGCAGGGAAAUGAAAAAAAAAAAAAAAAAAUCAACAGUGGAUCGAUUCACGACAAACACACUUUUUGGGGGUAUUAUCAUCAUUCAUUUCAUCUUCUUAUCUCAUCUGUCGUCUACCUCAUCAGGGUUGCUUUUGCAUCGGAUUCAUUGCCAGUAUAUGAUGACCGACCGAUACGUUCUGUCGUUAUCAUGUUGUUGUUAUUUGUUUGAGAAGCAGACAACCGGUGGCCGAUGGGUAACCCCGUGGUGACCAUUGUGACUCUGUGACAUUGUGACACUGUCACACUUCUCAGUCUGACAAGGAGGGCAUUCUUUAUAGUGGUGAUAAAAAACAAAACACAUUUUUUUAUUUUAUUAAACACUCAAUCAAGCAAGUGUUGAUGGAAAGAAAUAUGAAUAUUUAUAGUUUAUAUUAUUAAACACUCAAUCAAGCAAGUGUUGAUGGAAAGAAAUAUGAAUAUUUAUAGUUUAUAUUUUUUAAGAUAGUGUUGUUUCUUUCAGUUUUAAUCUUUGUUAUUGAAUCGCAUUUAUUUUUUUAAAAUAAGAAAAAAAAAGAAAAAAUAUUCUCUGUAGUGACAUUUUUCUACAUUGGAAUGUAGAGUAUACUAUAAGGUAUACAGUAGACAUACAAAUUAAGGAGUUAACAUUUCCAAAGAAUUGUUUUCUUUCGGAUUAAUUACUCAAGAGAAUGGUGUAAUCUGAUGGCUGAAGAUGAAUAUUCUCUCACUUCGUAUGGAUUAUUGGAUUUUUACCACUGAAAAUCGGAGUGAUAAAGUUCCACUAUUGUACGGUGUAUUUUUGCUGGAUUUGUUUCCUUCGUUUGUGAUUAUUCAAUCAUACCAACCAUCAAGGGACCACAAUCUUUCCAGGGCAUUGGCAUUUCCAUGGUCUUUGUUUGUGAAAUGCAGCCACAAAGUGCACUGUGCAGAUUUUUUUUUCUGCAAGAAAAUCUUGGUGCCUGCUGUCGUCUGUCUGCUGGUGGAAUAUCUCGUCUGCUGUUAGGAGUAGCAGACGAGAGCUGCGAAAAACGUGAAACUGACACUAACAUCAGCUAGCCAGCGAGCAGCAGCAGCUGACGGCAAAGUGGGUCAGACAAGUGAAUGAAAUUCCAGACACUGUGAUUUCCAAGGAAGAGAGAAAGAAAAGAAAACUAGACCAGCUUGCCUGGGCAAUUUUUUUUUUUUUUUUUGCGUGUUCAUCGAGAAAGCAGUCUCGGGAGUUUUAGGCUCUCACUUUGUUGUCAGUUUUCAAAUGUUUGUGGCAACGGACUGGGGUGCUGUAACUCAAACUUUAUGUUAAUAAUCUGAGCAAUGCAAGUGUAUAUGAGUGUGCUUCUUUAAUUAAUAUCCGUGUGUUGUGUGGACGGACGAGUGGUGAGAGUGCAUCUGUCCUUGAUCAAUGUUAGCUGCUGUCUGUCUUAUCGACAUUAUGAUAAUAAGGCUGAGCAUUUCGUCUGUUGACAUGUCAAGAUAUUUAUAGCAUGUAAUAUCAAACGUGACGAAGACGGGUCGAUUGUAAAACAUACAGCAGAAGUUAUAACAACGAUGAUGAUGAUGAUGAUGAUGAUAUUGAAUUCUUAUUAUUAAUAGUAUUAUUAAUGAAUUAUUAUUAUUUUAUUUGUAAAUUUCUUUGUUUAAUUUUAAAAUUAACUGAAAGGUGUGUGUGUGGGGGGGGGGGGGGCAUAUUUCAUUACUUAAUAAUACAUUAUUUCUUAUUAAUAAUAACUUAUUAAGUCAAGCAAAUACAUAAUGGCGAAAAUAUAGUUUUGUUUUUAAGAUUUUGAAGCCUGUUUAUAAUUACUGCUGGCCAGGUUAAAAGGUUUGGUUUAUGUAUAUUGUAGACUGCUGGCCAGGUUAAAAGGUUUGGUUUAUGUAUAUUGUAGACACAAC